UCAAUAUUGAACUUAGUACAUGUACUUGUUUUAUUGGGUCAUCCGGAGUACUAUGCAAACAUCAAGGCACAGUAGCCACAAGAUACAAUAUUGGACUGUUAAAUUUUCUUCAUUCAUUAACACCAGCUGAUCAUGCUCAUUUUGCAUAUAUCGCGCAUGAAAUUACGGCAAAUGAUUUUUCAUUUUAUGCGUCAUUGCAUAUGCAUGCAAACAAUCAACUUGAACAUCAUACGCAUAACGAUAAUAAGCCUUUAAAUAGUAUAUCUCAGAUGAAUAACCAAACUCAGGAGUUAGAAGAACUUAAUGUGGACCAAAUUACAGUUUCAGAGAAUAAUCUAGAUUUUUUUGAGUCAUUUAUUGAAAUGGUCAAACAUAAUUAUGAAAAUGGCGGAUCCCAACUUCAGCAUACAUUUAAGAACGGUACAAAGAUCCACGUUCAAGUUGAAUUAGUAAAACGCCGAAAAACAAAUAAAGAAAAUAUUGAUUCUCAAGUUAUUCCAGCGCGUAAAAUCAGAACAGUUGAUAAAAAGAUACAUAAUCUUAGUCAGAAUAUUAAAAAAAUAAUUGAACUAAAA